UAUAUAUAAUAGUGGCCUCGAUUUGAACACAGUUUUUUGCUCUCUCUUCUUGGUGUGUGUUAUCUCCUCUUCUUCUGCUUUGGAAGGAUGAUGAUGAGAGACUAAUAAAAGACUCCCUAAACACUCUACAGGAGAAGGAGAAGGAGAAGAAGAAGAAGAAGAGAACCAGAAAUGGAAGUGAGCGAUUUUACUAGCAUUGUUUUUAACAAGAUUCGGAAAUACGACCCAGAAAAUGCGUUCAAGGUCAUCGGCUACCUCUACCUGCGCUGCACCACCACUCAAGAACUCGUGGACUAUGCGUUCGGGACCGACGCCCACAUCCUCUCCCUGAUCAACGAAGCCAAAUCUUUCCUCCCGACCAUCGCUUUCCCGAUUCUUCAGCAGCUGCAGCAGCAGCCCGCUCCCGAUUUCACGCUCCCCCCUGCAGCAGCUCUCUCCCGGAGCUUCUCUUCGCCGUCGUCGACCUUCCGUUACUGGGAUCACAGUCCUCCUCCUCCUCCUGCCUUUCAGGACCAGCACGAAUCAUCGCUGAAUUCUUUCUACCCUUCCUCCGUCUGUCCUGAAUUCCGGGCUGAAUUGCAGGCUGCCAAAGCCUGCCAGUACUACCACAAGGGGUUCUGCAAGCACGGCGACAAGUGCUGGUACUUGCACGGCGGUCAUCCGAGCUCGAACGAGUUCGGCGGCGGCGGCGGCGGCAACGAGGAAGUGUUUGAUAGGCUGGAGGCGGAGAUUCGGGAGCUGCUCAAGGAGAGGGUCGGACAGCCGCUCUCGAUUGCCUCGUUGCCGACGCUGUACCUCGCGAGGUACGGGAAGGUGCUGCAGGCCGAGGGAUACCUUACCGAGAGCCAGCGGCACGGGAAGUCCGGCUUUAGCCUGACCAAGUUGCUCGCCCGCCUGAACAACGGCAUUCGGCUCAUUCAUGGUCAAAAUGGGCAGCAUUUGGUAAUCCUCGCAGAAGAUGCGCACAAAUACAUCGAGAAUAAGAGCGACAGAUAUCACCAGGGCGGAGUAAAUGCCAGCUCUAAUCAAAUUUAUCUCACAUUCCCUGCCGAGAGCACAUUCACCGACGACGAUGUCGAAAACUACUUCAAGCAGUACGGACUGGUUCAUGACGUUAGAAUUCCUCAUCAGGAGAAGCGCAUGUUCGGUUUUGUGAGUUUCGUGUACCCCGAGACGGUCAGAUGCAUCUUAGCAAAAGGGAAUCCUCACUACAUAUGUGGCUCGCGAGUAUUGGUCAAGCCCUACAAGGAAAAGUCGAAGCUGAUCGACAGGAAGAAUGCCGAAAAGACCAUGUUUUCAAGCAACAGCCUUUCCAGAUUCUACGAAAUGGAUCAGAACCCGAAUACGACAUCAAGGCUGUGUCACUAUUCUGAGAUUUUCAAAAAGCAGUCGAUAGAAGAGCGUGAGUAUGAAAUUGAAUCGAAACACCCUUUUGAUCUGCAACUGACUCCGAACAAACCGACACAAGAACUCUUCUUUGGCGGUGGAAUGGACGAUCUGAAUUACAUUGAAGAUCGUUUCAGCAAUCUCUCGAUUGUUCCAAAGAAUCCGGACGGUGGCGGCAAAAAUGAUGACACUACAAGGCAGAUGAGCAACAACCGCAGCGAUAAAAAUAGUGCUGAAAUCGAUCUUCCAGAGUCUCCGUUUGCGUCGCCUCUUUAGGAAGUGGAGGAAAAGAGCAAGUUAAACAUCACAAGAAGUACAUAUAGAGGUAUAUUAAUAGUAAGCGACUAGAGAUAUCGGUGCGGAAAAGUUUCGUUCUACUUCGGCAACUGGUAAUUUUCUUUACAAGCUUUUAUUUAUACGACCUCAAGUACAGGUGGGAUCACCUUCCCUUUUAGACAUUGUAAAGGUCGCGAAAACGACGAACAAACUACACAAAACAUAGCGGUAGGUUUCACUACUUUGAAUCACAGAGACAAACUUUUCUUGUGGGUACAAAGAGAUAAAUACAAGUACAGUGGUAACUCUAUUCGAAGAAUUAAAAUAACCCGAACUUCGUUUAGAUUAGGUGUUAAACGAAAGUCAUUAGUCCGUUUCCUUUUCUCCUCUUAGUUUUUAAUUCCCUGAAACAUUACCUGUACAUAUUUUACAAAUAACUUUACGCUCAUUAUACCGAAAUGGUUGGUGAGAUUGUUUCGAUUCGGAUAAUAGUGAAUUAUGUAAGUGCUAAUGUUGUCAUCUGUGGGCCAUCAUAUAUCUGAUUGUGUUUCAGUUUAUGGUUACCACAGCUCAUUUGUAUCUACACCUAAUCUUUUUCCAUAUUAGACCUCUGUCAUUGGAGUACAAUUUCUUCUUUUUUUUUUUAAUGGCUUUCUUGUUGUGUGAUUGGGUUGUUCAAUGUAUUUGUUGGACUGAAGUUUGAUACCAGCAAUUUAGAAUUGCUAGAAAUGCUUGUCUGAGUUGUUUGGACAUUAGAAUCCCAAAAUGUUGUUAAUUUAUGGAGGGAAGUGCUACCCCUUUUGUUGUGCUAA